UCCGGCCAAUCACAUCCCCCAGAUUACUCCACGCGGCAGAAACGCCCAAACACCAAAACUGCAACUUCCGCAUUCAUCGCGACGUUAAGUCUGUUUCACCAUCUUUGCAUGUUUACUUUUGCCUCCAGUCGCCCAUCAUGGAUCCCUCCACGUAUAUAGACCCCCAACUCACCGUCUCCGAUCGUCUGGUGGUCGACAACCUGCUCGACGACAUCAAGCCGACCGGAGACAAACUCACCACCGAAGAAACCAUCGAGAAACUGGGCCAUUUCAACGAUGCAUCCCAUGCUGGCUUUGAUCCGACCGUGUUCCAGUUGUGGGAUCUUUCCUAUCUCAAAGCGAAACUGCCCCCGGUCAUCCAGCAGCAUGUGUUGCUGCCGUACAUCGACUGGGCCAAAGGCAUCGUGCGAGUCCCAACGGAUGUGGUCAUGGUAACCCAUCUGAUCCUGUACUUUACCACUUUGGUUCCCUCUGCCUUUUAUCUGUAUUAUCGCUUUUCGUGGUGGCACGGUGUUCUGCACUGGAUCCUCCAGCUGUGGUACUGCGGUGCCUUUACCCUCAUGAAGCACCAACACAUCCACGGCAAUGGUGUCCUCUCGUCCAAGUAUGUUGUCUUUGACACGCUGUUCCCCUAUCUGCUCGAUCCCAUGCUGGGUCAUACCUGGAACUCGUACUUCUACCACCAUAUCAAACACCACCACGUCGAGGGCAACGGUCCCGACGAUCUCAGCACGACCAUGUUUUACGAUCGCGACAGCAUCGCUGACCUCGCCCGCUAUGUCGGUCGCUUCUUCUUUCUCAUCUGGUUUGAUCUUCCCAGAUACUUUUGGAGAAAGGGACAGACCAAGUAUGCCCUCAGAGCUGGUUUCUGGGAGUUGAGCAACUACUUGUCGCUGUAUCUGCUGUAUAACUAUGUCAACGCCAGAGCGACUGUGUUUGUCUUUCUCCUUCCUCUGACCGUCAUGCGACUUGGUUUGAUGGUGGGCAACUGGGGACAGCAUGCCUUUGUCGACCCCAUUGACCCGGACUCGGACUUUCGAUCCAGCAUCACCUUGAUCGAUGUUCCGAGUAACCGCUUCUCUUUCAACGAUGGAUACCACACCUCGCACCACUUGAACCCUCGUCGCCACUGGCGCGACCACCCCGUUGCCUUUGUCAAGCAGAAGGAACGCUAUGCCGAGGAACGCGCUCUUGUCUUCCGUAACAUCGACUACAUCUUCAUCACCGUCCAUCUGAUGCGGAAAGACUACCCCCAUCUGGCCAGGUGUCUCAUUCCGAUGGGCGACCAGAUUGGCAUGACCAUGAAGCAGCGAGAAGACAUGCUGCGGAGCUGGACUCGCCGAUUCCCCAAGCCAACCAAGGCAGCUUGAUUGUUAUGCAAGAUAUAUAGUCCGUAUGUAUUAUAAUCGUGUAUUAUUAUAGAAUGAUAGAUAGAAUAAAAGUCAUGUCACAUCGGAUGAAUUAUGGCAAUCUCGGUCUUUGCUCCAACCGAAACUCCGCCGAUCGUCAUUCGUAUUCGU